AUGGGUGAUUCGGAACAUAGAAAACGAAGGUUAACUGCCCUGAGAGUUCGAAAAUUUCGAGCUCAUAAGCGAUUUUGUCAAUCUCACUCAACAAAACCGCUGAGUUCUAGUACAUCCGAUGAGUCUUUACCACAAAACAAUGAAGCGAACCAAAUACAAAUUGAAUCUGAUCCUGAUACCUUCAAUAGAAGUAAUUCUAAUGUGAGUAAUCACACUAAUACUUCCGAAUUGGAUAACGAUGCAAAUAUUGUUUCCAGUAACGAUGACAUAAAUGUUGUCCAGGCAAAUGAUGACAACAUAAAUAUCGUUCAUGAUAGAAGUGAUUUUUCCUCAUCAAAUGAAAUUGGCGCUCAGGAAGAAUUGUCAUUAACAUCAGUUUCGGAAUGGAGUGCUUCGACUAAUGACAGUGAAAUCUCUGAUGAUGUUGCUGUCAGGAGGGAAUUUGAAGAACUACGUGAAUGGGCACUUGAGUCAAAUAUUCAGCAAAAUCAUUUGGACAAGUUGUUGCUUAUUUUGCGACAAAGAUUACUUCCCGAACUUCCAAAAUCAUCGAAGACAUUUUUGAAAACUUCAAGUGCUAAGUACACAAUAACAGCUAUGAGCGACAGUCAUGGCGGUACAGGUGAAUUUGUUCAUUUUGGACUGAAACCCGGUUUAGAAAGAUGUAUUAAUGUUUAUCUGCACUCGAAUAAUCUUAUUGAAUUAAUCAUCGAUGUGGAUGGGUUACCGGUGUCGAAAUCUGGUAUAAAGCAGAUGUGGGUAAACGCCUGCAAAAUUCACUCAACUUCUGAUGUUUAUAAGCCUUUUCCAGUAGGAAUUUAUUAUGGAAAUGGAAAACCGGCUGACGUUGAUGAAUAUAUGGAAGAAUUUAUUACCGAUCUCAAUAACAUUUUACAAAAUGGAUUAGAAGUAUCUGGAAGAAUCAUGAAUGUAUCUUUGAAAUGUUUUUCUUGCGAUACACCAGCGAGGGCAUUUUUAAAAUGUACAAUUGGUCAUACAGGAAGGUAUGCAUGCGAAAGAUGCACGGUGAUGGGUUCAAAAGUCAACGUUCCAAGCACUGUUUAUCCAUCUGUUCGAUCAGCUGAAAGAACAGAUGCAUCUUUUAGAAAUAUGGAACAACAAGAUCAUCAUCAUGGACCAUCCCCAUUAACACGAAUAGCCCCACCAAUCGAUAUGAUUUUCGCUUUUGUACUGGACAUGAUGCAUUUGUGCUUUUUGGGAGUAAUGAAAAAAUUGUUAGAAUGGUGGUUAUCAGUUGGAUCAACUGCACGUCUUCAAUUUGUUUUGCGCCAGGAAUUGUCGAAACGAAUGGAACUUUUGAAAAGCUGUGUGCCUGCAGAAUUUCAAAGGAAAACGCGGUCGACAAAAUAUUUCCUAAAAUGGAAAGCAACUGAAUUUCGUUUUUUCUUGUUAUAUUGCGGUCCAGUUGUAUUAAAGUAUAUUUUACAAAGACGAACAUAUCAGCACUUUUUGUUGCUUCACGUUGCUUGCCGGAUUUUAUGUUGCGACAUUUUUUGCUUAAAAUACACUAGCAAAGCAAAACAAUACCUUAGGAUUUUUUUUGUAGCCUUGCCGAGCUUUUACGGAAAAAAAUCCCAAGUUUUGAACUUUCAUCAUCUGAUUCACUUAGCGGAUGAUGUUCAAAAAAUGGGUUGCAGUUUAAGCCAUGUUAUGGCGUUCCCAUUUGAAAAUCUUUUAGGUAAAAUUAAAAGAAAACUGCGUACAUACAAUCGGCCACUUGCGCAAUUAUGUAGGAGAUUGCACGAAGAGUAUAUGAUAAAAACAACAAAACCGGAAAUACCAUCUGAAAUAGAAAUAUUGGAAUCCGAAGGGGAAAACCAUUUGAAAGUGAAAUGCAAAGGAAAAAUUCUAUCACCCAAAUUUCCUGAUAAUGUGAUUCUUUUAAAUAAUAAGAAAAUAUUUAAAAUUGAAAAAAUUUCUGGAUUUCUUCGCUCUGUGACUCUUACGGGUAGAAUUUGGAAACCAAAACAACCCAUUUUUGAUUAUCCAUUUCCGUCUAGUGAAAUUAAUAUGUGGGAGUUACAAAAAACGCCUUUAGAGAGUGUCAUUCAAAUACCGAUAAAUGUAAUUAUACAAAAAUUUGUUCAACUUCGCCUUCAAAUGCGACAAAAUGAAAAUGAGCGAAUUUUUGUUAUACCUCUUCUUCAUGUAUAAUUUAAAUAUGAACACUGCAAAAAGAAGAAUCUCAAUAUAAGAUGUUUUGGUAGUCAUUUUUUAGUUAUCAGAAAUAUCUUAGUUUAAAAUGUUUAUAUUAGCUUUACCAAAGUGUUUCACAUAUUUUUGAUCAAAAAAAUUUUUA